AUGGACGCUGACAACUUCGCGAGCACUCUGCAGGAGCAUCCCUUCGUCGCGGUGAGUUUCACCGCGAGUUGGUGCGGGCACUGCAAGCGCCUUGAGCCUGAGUGGGCGAAGGCGGCGGAGAUCCUCGCGACGCACAAGAACGAUCCGCCUAUUGUUUUGGCUCAGGUGGACUGCACUGCCGACAAGAACGCCGGGCUGACCAAGGAUCUGGACAUAACGGCUUUCCCAACCAUCAUUGUUUUCAGGGACGCAGCCACCGACGGCGAAGUUUACGACGGUCCCCGAGUGGCCGACGGCAUCGUCGACGCUCUGCGUACUCUAGCCGCCCCCAUAGUUGAACCGAUGA